GCACAGAUGAGCCGCUGAGAGCAGAGUGGCAGAGUGGGGUGAUGUUCAAGGGAACUACUUGAUUGAAUUGAUUAUGCGUGUUGACGAUAGAAACUGAUAAGUUCCCUUGAACAUGUGACAACCUCAUGAAUAAAUCAAUGUAAUACAACAGACAAACCAGUCGGCUGCUCGUCGCAUGGGUUCGCCAGACGGACUGUCCCAGUUUUCGGGCUAAGUGUGCAGUGGGGCCAGUGAGAGACUGCACUGGAAUGAGGCCAGAAAGGGAAUCUGGCUAGAACGGGAAGUCUCGAUGUUACUCAUCCUGAGUGUUGCUUAGAAAAGGGGCAGAGGCAUGGCCCUGGAGGCGUCUCCAUUUCCUAAUGGGUGUGUUGCAGGCAUCCAUGCUGUGGGAUGGGCAUUCAUCGUGCCUUGCUUCUGGUUUCUUGAUCGCCUCAUUGCUGUGUGCAAGUCCACCACACUGGAGCAAACCCAGCGACUGGAGCAGGAAUGCUACCUCCACCCCCUCAAGGUCUUCUUCGGCGCCAUUAUCUUCUUCAUUCUUUUUCUCGCCACAGCCCCCUUGGCCUUCCUGGGAUUUAUACUCUGGGCACCUCUUCAGGCCUGCCGCAGGCCCUUUCACUACCACAGAGAGACACCGUCCUCAUCAGAGGAGGAGACACACAGGGGCUUUGAACUGUCAGGAAAGGCGUCAUUUGGCUUUGCAACAGCCAACCUGUGUCUGUUGCCUGACAGCCUGGCUCGUUUCAACAACCUGGGGCACACCCAGCGCAGGGCAACCACCAUUGGUCAGCACAUUGUGCAGGGUGUGUGUCGACCCCAUAUCCGCAUCUUUGUUGACUCCCCCAGCAGCUGUGGGACUCUCAGCCCCUCCAACAGCAUACUCCCCGCAGUUAACUCAUCUACAUAUGGGGCUACAGACAGACAAGCACAGCCCCCAGUGAGUCAUCAUUCCGAUUCAGCUGACGUACAUGUGUCAGUCCAAAAGUCCAAUAGUCACGUGGUCUCUGUGCCCUGUGAUGAUACAGAAGAGCCCUCAACUGACUUACAUUCUCCCCUUUUCAAUUCCAAUCAGAACUCCAACCAGCAGGGCCGAGCAGGUCACCGGAGUGCUCCCCGAGCUUUGCUUUCCCAGGGUCUCCGCCAGCAGGAUGACGUGCCCUGGGAAGUGUCGUCACUGUUUCCAGCCAAUGUGGACAUACUAUGCCUUGAAGAGGUGUUUGAUAAGAGGGCGGCACAGAAACUCACCCAAGCACUUAGACCUGUAUUUGGACACAUAUUGUAUGAUAUUGGUGUGUAUGCCUGCCAGCCACCAUGCGGAUGCUCCUCUUUCAAGUUCUUCAACAGUGGAAUGUUCCUAGCCAGCCGAUUUCCUCUGCUCGAGGCUCAGUACCACUGCUUUCCCAACAGCCGCGGGGAAGAUGCACUGGCUGCUAAAGGCCUCCUUUCUGCUAAGGUGCUCAUCGGGCAGAAUCAGAAACAGAAGAACGUGGUUGGCUAUUUUAACUGCACACAUCUUCAUGCACCAGAAGGUGAAGGGGAAAUUCGUUGUGAGCAGCUGAACAUGAUUACCAAGUGGAUCGGCGAUUUUCAAGCUGCCAACAAACUGCCUGACGAGGAUGUUGCUUUUGAUGUGCUCUGUGGAGACUUCAACUUUGACAACUGCUCGCCUGAUGAUAACCUGGAACAGAAUCACUGUCUGUUUGAGGAAUACAGAGAUCCUUGCAGGGCAGGGCCUGGAAAAGAUAAGCCCUGGGUCAUUGGUACUCUUCUGGAGCAGCCCACGUUGUAUGAAGAUGACAUAAACACCCCAGAAAAUCUACAAAGGACUUUGGAGAGAGAGGAGCUAAGAAAGCGGUACAUCUCCCCUCCUGUUCCCGCAGAGGGCUCCCCAUUGGUUUACCCUGAGGCCGGUCAGCCGUGGAUUGGACGUCGGAUCGACUACAUCCUGUACCGUGAAAACUCCAUUUCAAAGCACUUCCGGACAGAAAUCGAAGAGGUUACCUUUAUAACCCAGCUGGCUGGCCUUACGGACCAUAUUCCUGUGGGCUUGAGACUGAAUAUAACUAUGGACUGUGAGAGUGGGGAUCAAUGACGAACACAGUGAACACAGCAUUGUGUACAAAGGGAACAAAAUGGACAUUGCUCUGAUGUAUCUAUCUUGGGGCACAACAAUGUUUUAUUGACAUACAUGAAUUUGUGAUUUCUAUGACAAUGUACUGACCAAUUAGAUUAUACCUCAGGUGGAAUUAAUAUGGAUUUAUUGAAAUAUUAUGAUGUUUUCACUUUUAUACAUUGGGCCACUCCAUGGCCAAAGGUGUUGAUUUUAUAAAACAAUAUAUUUUUAGGAUUCUCAAUUUUUUUCCUACAGAAAUGUAUGUAAAGAAUAAAUUUUAUACCGUG